UGUGGGAAGUAAAAGUUGCGUCUUUGCUGCGUUUUUUUCGCCCCGUGCGUUUUUGCGUCCCGUUUUGCAGCGACAUGAACGCUUCGAGUUUCAGAGACUGUCAGGCUUGGAGAGCGGAGGGGCUCCCGCUGUCCACAACCAGUAACGAGGCCUGCAAGCUCUAUGACGCUGUUCUGUCUCAGUACGUGAAAUGGCGCAGUGACGAGACGCUGGGAGGGUUCGAGGGCUGUUUCUCUGCUCUUCUGACGGCUGACCCCAACUUUGUUAUGGGCCAUGUGAUUAGCACGGGGCUGGAGCUCGUCGGCACCACCACCUCCCCCCGUCUGAACGAGCGUCUCUCCAGCGCCGUGAAGAGGACGGUGGAGCUCGCCAACAGCCAAGACAUCAGUCCCCGGGAGAGGCUCCACGUCAAGGCCAUGCAGCUGUUUUCUCAAGGGAACUUCUCCAAAGCCUGUGAUGCCUGGGAAGACAUUCUGCUGGAUCAUCCCACAGACCUGCUGGCACUCAAGUUUGCCCACGACGCCUACUUCUACAUGGGCGCUCAGACUCCUAUGAGAGACUCUGUGGCCCGGGUACUGCCCCACUGGAAACCACACAUGCCCAUGUCCAGUUAUCUGAAAGGGCUGUAUGCAUUUGGUCUCCUGGAAACGCGCUUCUACGACCAGGCUGAGAAAGUGGCUCUAGAGGGUCUCUCUCUGGUUCCCGAUGACGCCUGGGCGGUCCACGCUGUAGCUCACGUCUGCGAGAUGAAAGCAGAAGUGGAUAAAGGACUCAAAUUUAUGGAGGACAGAGAGAAUGACUGGCAGGUUUCUGAAAUGCUGGCCAGUCACAACUAUUGGCACUGGGCUCUAUACUUCAUCGAAAAGGGAGACUACGACGCCGCGCUGCACAUAUAUGACUCUCAGGUUUUCCGUCGUGCCAAAGUCUCAGGCGCCAUGUUGGACCUUGUGGAUGCCUGUUCGAUGCUUUACAGACUGGAAAUGGAAGGUGUGCGUGUGAAAGACCGCUGGCGAGAGCUGUUCCAGGUGACUCAGCCGCACACGGACGAUCACGUGACCCUGUUCAACGACGCACACUUCCUGAUGGUGUCACUGGGCGUUAAAGACAAUCAGACGUCCAGGAGACUUCUCGAGGGUCUGCAGGAACUGGCUCGAGAGCCUGGGGAGAACCAGCAACACCAAACUGCAAACACUGUGGGCAUCCCUUUGUGCCAGGCCAUGAUGGAGUUCAACGCGGGCAACUACGCCAAGUCCGUGGAGCUGCUGUACCCGCUGCGCUACCGUCUCGUGGACAUAGGGGGCAGCGAUGCACAGAGAGACGUCUUCAAUCAGCUGCUCAUUCACGCCGCCAUAAAGUCCGACAGUACCAGGCACCAGAAACUGGGAAGGUGUCUUUUGGUGGAGAGAGACUCGGUGAGGCCCAACUCCCCGAUGACUGAGCGCCUGAUGAAGACAGCUCUGGCUCUGCACGUGUAGUUAGAGCGGACAGAGAGAAACUACAGAAAAAUCAAAGUCCUGUGACGAUCUGAGGUGCCUGUCUGACUGAAAACUGGGAAAAAGAAGAGGAGUAUCGUCUCACUGAAGUGGCCGUAUGAUUGUAGCCUUUGUUAUAACCUGCCACACUGCAAAAAGCGGUAUCUACGCGGCGUAAACCGCGCUUCCUCCUGUGCGCCUCUAAACCAGAACUAACACCAAGACUAAAACCAGGACUAACCCAGUCCAGGACUAAACCAGGACUAAACCAGGGACUAAACCAGGACUA